GUCUGUUGCCUCCACAGAAAAUGGUUUAGAAAAGAGAGAGAAAAGAAGGCUGGUCCUCUCCUUAUUAGAACGAGUCUUUAACAUCUGAGAGGCACGCCCAUCCUCUGUUGUUUCUUCAUCGAUUCCAACUCUGCAUCUGCAACCUGCGGUAUUCUCAGCCUGCCAUGUCUUUCAGAUGGCUAAGUCGGGGAAAUGCUUCAUCUGGCAUGGGUGUAUCUGAUCAUAGCAAGAGCACUUUCAUGGAUCUAAAGAGGAAGAGAGUCCAUCGCUAUGUGAUUUUCAAGAUUGACGAGAUAAAAAAGGAGGUUGUGGUUGAGAAGACCGGUGGCCCAGCUGAAAGCUAUGAGGAUUUCGCAGCUGCACUCCCUGAGAAUGAUUGCCGUUAUGCCGUUUAUGAUUACGACUUUGUGACUUCUGAUAACUGCCAAAAGAGCAAGAUAUUCUUCAUUGCCUGGUCUCCCUCAACAUCACGUAUACGUGCCAAGAUGCUCUAUGCCACCUCCAGAGAGAGAUUCAGACGGGAUCUGGACGGUGUUCAUUACGAGAUUCAGGCUACUGACCCCACAGAAAUGGAUCUUGAAGUGCUUAAAGAGCGUGCUAAUUGAUAUACCAUCUUACAGGUUAAACAUUGACGAUUCUCUGUUGUCCCAAAGAAUGAUGCAUUGCCUGACUACAUCGGAUAUUCGAUAUUCUUCAUUUAGUGCCUGGAAAAUCUGUAAAUAGUACAGGAUGUUGCUACAAUUGACGACCACAAUAUGAGGCUUUGUUAUGAUCAGCUCGUAAGGCAUAUCUGCUUUAACUUUUACCUUCUUGUAUUUCUGGGAUAACAGCAAUUGCUAAGUAGCUGGUAUUCUCUCAGAAUUACUUAUAUGCUAUGGUUGCGGAACUUACCUUAA